AUGGAUGAAGCUGAGCAGGACCAGUAUGAAGCUCGCCUCAAGGAGCUCUUUGACAGCUUCGACAGCACAGGCACGGGGUCCCUGGGGCAGGAGGAGCUCACUGACCUCUGCCAUGUGCUGCACCUGGAGGAGGUAGCCCCGGCACUGCAACAGACCCUCCUGCAGGACAACCUCCUAGGCAGGGUCCACUUUGAUCAAUUUAAAGAAGCACUUAUCCUCAUCUUAUCCAGAACCCUGUCGAAUGAAGAGCACUUCCAAGAACCAGAUUCAUCCCUGGAAGUGCAGCCCAAAUACAUCAAAGGCGGCAAGCGCUAUGGCCGGCGGUCCCUGCCGGAGUUCCAGGAGUCCGUGGAGGACUUUGCUGAGGUGACUGUCAUCGAACCUCUGAGCGAGGAAGCAUGUCCCCCACACAUCGCCUCCAGUGGCUGUGAGGAGCACUGGAAGACGCGAGACAGCGAGGAGUAUGAAGCUGAGGGGCAGCUCCGCUUCUGGAACCCUGAUGACCUGAAUGCCUCCCCUGGAGCCUCACUGCCCAGCCCGGACUGGAUAGAGGAGAAACUGCAGGAGGUCUGCGAGCACGUUGGCAUCACCAGGGAUGGACACCUGAACCGGAAAAAGCUUGUCUCCAUUUGUGAGCAGUAUGGGCUCCAAAUGGCAGCUGGGGAGGUGCUUGAAGAGGUACUCCAUAACCUGGAACAAGAUGGCACCAUGAGCAUAGAGGACUUCUUCAAUGGCUUAUUUAAAAAUGGGAAGCCGCUGACGCCCUCAGCAUCUACUCCAUACAGACAACUGAAACGACACCUUUCCAUGCAGUCUUUUGAUGAAAGCGGGAGGCGCACGAUCACCCACUCAGCCAUGUCCAGCACCAUUGGCUUCUGUCUCUUCUCCAGCCUGGAUGAUGGGAUGGGCUAUGGCUGUGUGGAGGGUGUCCUCGACUGCUGGCACCAGGAGGGUAUAGAGAACAGCCAGGAGAUCCUGAAGGCUUUGGACUUCAGCUUGGAUGGGAAGGUGAACCUGACAGAGCUGACGCUGGCUCUGGAAAAUGAGCUUCUAAUAACCAAGAAUGGAAUCCACCAGGCAGCCCUGGCAAGUUUCAAAAUGGAGAUCAGACACUUGCUGGAGAGGGCUGACCAAGUGGCCAGAGAAAAAGAGAAGCUGCGGUCAGACUUGGAAAAGGCUGAAAAGCUGAAAUUCCUGAUGGCCUCCGAAGUGGAUGACCACCACGCCGCAAUUGAGCGCCGAAACGAAUACAACCUCAGGAAGCUGGAUGAAGAGUACAAGGAACGAAUUGCAGCUCUAAAGAAUGAGCUGCAGAGAGAGCGGGAGCAAAUCCUGCAGCAGGCUAACAAACAGCGGCUGGAUCUGGAGCAGGAGAUAGAAAAGCUGAAAAAUGAUGAGAACUACAUCCGUGACCGCCUCGCCCUGUCCCUGAAGAAAAACAGUCGCCUGGAAAGCGAGCUAUUGGAAAUGGGAGAAAAACUGUCCAAGUAUGAAAGUUUGGCAAGCAAGCUACAGAGGAACUUGGAAAACGUCCUGACUGAGAAGUUUGGGCACCUGGAUCCCAGCAGCACAGAGUUUUUCCUGCAGGAGGAGAGACUGGCACAGAUGAGAAGCGAGUACCAGCGGCAGUGCAGAGAGCUGCAAGACCAGAUAGAUGAGCUGCACUCGGAGCUGGAGGAGUACCGUGCCCAAGGAAAAGUGCUCAGGCCUUCGCUGAAGAAUUUGCUGUCGGAAGAGUUUGACAUUGAUAUGAAAAGUCAUGGCAAUAGUGGUAUUGAGCCUGACCAAGGACUUGGUUCAGAAGACUGCAACCCACUAAAUAUGAGCAUAGAGGCAGAAAUGGCUAUUGAACAAAUGAAGGAGCAACAUCACAGGGAUCUGCAUCACCUCAAACAGGAGCUUGAAGACACAGUGAACCAUUACGAAAAGCAACUGGACGAGACAAAAAUCCACUCUGAAAAGGAACAAGAGGAUAUGAGGAAGAAGUACACUGAAGAGAUGCAUGUCAUGGAAAAGCAAAUAACUGGUCUUAAAAAUCAAAUUGUAGAACUGCAAGGAGAGGCAGCAGUGCUCAGAGAACAGCAAGAAAAGCUUGACUGUAAACACAGUGAUGAGAAAAACAAAUUACAGAUGCGUUUUGAUGAGGAAAAAGCCAAUCUUCAAGAACUACUGAGGCAGGAGCAUGAAGAAGAUGUUAGAGCCAGGCUGGAUCAGAUAAAUGAGAAGUUUAGUCAAGAACGGGAAGAACUGAUCCAAAAUGGUGUCUGGGUGGAAGAAAAGAUGAGAGUUCUAGUGCAAACACUGCAGGAAGAGAAAGUAGAGCUGGAACGUGGCUUUCAUGAACAGCUGAAAAGGAUGGCUGAGGUGCAUGCCCUGGAGAAGAAAGAGCUCCAGCAAGAGCUGCUGAGGAAACAUGAGCAGGACCUGGAGGAGGAAAGAUUUGAAGCUGAGAAGCUCAGAGAAGAAAAUACCGUUCUGAAAAAUGAAGUGACUUUAUUGAAUGAGGAGGGUAGUGCUUCCAGCCUGAAACUGAGGGAGCUAAAUGGGUCCCGAGAAGAAAUGCGGCAAAAGAUAGAAGCUGUGAGAAAGGAGAAAGUGGCUGUACAGAAGAUGGUUGACAACCUGAAAAAGCAGGUGGCAGAUCUGAAGACCAGAAACCAGCAGCUGGACUCUGAAAAUACAGAACUUAGCCAGAGGAACUCCAAAAAUCAAGCAGAUGUGCAGGAUCUUAAUCAACAGCUGGCAAGGGUGCUUAAGCAAAAGGAAAGAGAAGCGGGAAAAUGUACCCUGGAAGAAUGGGAAAAGGAGAGACUGGUACUAAAAGAGGAACUGGAAAACUCCAAAGUAAAGUCUUCAAAUAUGGUGUCUUCUUUGGAGAUGGAGCUGUCGAAAAUGAAGGUUCAAGCUCGUAUACUGGAGCAGGAGAACCACAUUCUCAAGCAGGAACUCGAGAAGACAAAACAGCUGCCCAGAUAUCCCGAUCUCUCUGACCUUCAGAAUGAAGUUUCGAGCUUAGUUACUAAAAAUGAAAAGCUGCAGAAAGAAAAGGAAGCCCUGAGUGAGGAAUUAAACAGAUGUAUUGAUAAGGUAGCUAAAGCAAGCUGCUUAGAGAAUGCAGUUGGCAGCUUGAAGCAGGAACAGAAGUCCUGGGAACAGCAGAGUCAGACACUGAAAACGCAGCUCACAGUUUCACAAGAAAAGGUUCAGAGUCUAGAUGAAACACUGCAAAAUACAAACCUCCAAAUGUCACGACUAAAAUCAGACUUACGGGUGAUGCAACAGGAGAAGGAAACUCUUAAACAAGAAGUGAUGUCUUUACACAAGCAACUGCAAAAUGCCAAUGAAAAGAAUCGGGUUCUAGAACUGGCUGUGCCUUCCUCAGGGCUGCAGGACCAACAGGGGCAAAUACACUGGGAUGAGCUGGACCAGCUGACGAAACAGGAGCAGCAGCUGCUCAGGCAGGAGAAUGAGAGGCUGCAGAGAGAAGUGCAGAGUGCUAAAACAGACCUGACUCACUCCAGGGAGAAGAUCCGACAAUUGGAAUCUACUAUCCUUUCCCUAAAGCACCAAAAGCAUCAAAGCCAGUUGGGGAUCGUCAAAGCCAUAGAGCAAGAGAAAUUAAGCCUGAAGAGAGAGUGUGAACAGCUUCAGAAGGAGUUGUCAUCUGCAAACAGGAAGAUCAGUCAGAUGAAUUCUCUUGAACGUGAACUGGAAACCAGCUCAGAAAAUGAAGGGCUAAGGAAAAAGCAAGUGAAACUGGAUGAUCAGUUAAUGGAGAUGCUUCACUCAAGCACCAGUGUGAUACUUAGCCACUCACCGCACUCCCGGGAGCUCCAGCAGCAAGGCUGUGCUAUGGUGCCCAAGGAACAGUUCCUGCAGCUCCAACACCAGCUACUACAAGCAGAGAGGAGGAGUCAACGUCUUCAGGAAGAACUUGAAAGUAGACCCUCUGAAACAAACAUGCAACAGGGGGGUCAUGAGCAGCUUCUAAAAAUGAUGGAAGAACGCAUGAUGGAUGUUGAACAGAAACUAAGGCUUGUGAAGAGGCUUCUCCAAGAUAAAGUAAAUCAGCUGAAAGAACAACUUUCCAAGAACACUAAAGCAGAUGCAAUGGUCAAGGAUCUCUAUGUUGAGAAUGCACAACUGCUGAAGGCUUUGGAGAUGACAGAGCAGCGGCAGAGAACUGCUGAAAAGAAAAACUAUUUACUAGAAGAAAAAAUUGCCAACCUCAAUAGAAUAGUAAAGAACUUGGCAUCCCCAUCAUUUAAUUCAUCAUCUGAGAUAAGGUCAUAA